GGGCGGGAAAUGUGGAGAGAGCUCGGUGGCCAAUGAGUAUGCUCGUUGUUGAGGGCGUGGAGCUGCCCAAUGGGAGGGCGGGUUGUUGUGUUGCAGUUGGCCUGCCGCUGUGAGAGGCUGCGGUGGCGGCGGCGGCGGCGGCUCCUAGAGCAGGAAGGGGACGGCGACGGUGACAGAAAAGAAGAGACUCGAGCUUCACUAAUUAACAGUAGGAGACUGAGAGACUGUCUUAAAGUUCAACAAAUGUAUUCCAUACUUGAAAUCUGCUGCUUUCUUCUACCACCACCUCCUUUAGAGAUCUGAUUUCUUAAAUAAGAGAUAAAAAAAGGAAUUAAAGAUAUAAGAAGAUGCUGGGAUCUGAACGUGGUGUAGUGGAAGAAUGGUUAUCAGAAUUCAAGGCAUUACCUGAAACUCAGAUCACCAACUAUGCAGCAACCCUGCACAGGAAAAAAACACUGGUACCAGCUCUCUACAAAGUUAUUCAAGACUCAAAUAAUGAGCUCCUAGAGCCUGUCUGUCACCAGCUUUUUGAGCUAUAUCGUAGUUCUGAGGUUCGGCUCAAGAGAUUCACUCUACAAUUCUUACCAGAAUUAAUAUGGGUUUAUUUACGACUUACUGUUAGUCGGGACAGACAAAGUAAUGGUUGCAUUGAAGCACUGCUACUAGGGAUCUAUAAUUUGGAAAUUGCUGAUAAAGAUGGAAACAAUAAAGUGCUAUCUUUCACUAUACCUUCCUUAUCUAAGCCUUCAAUAUACCAUGAGCCCUCAACUAUUGGAUCCAUGGCCUUGACAGAGGGAGCACUGUGUCAGCAUGAUCUCAUUAGGGUAGUAUAUAGUGAUCUUCAUCCUCAGAGGGAAACAUUUACUGCACAAAACAGGUUUGAGGUCCUGAGUUUUCUCAUGCUAUGCUACAAUUCAGCUAUUGUUUAUAUGCCUGCCUCCUCUUAUCAGGCAUUAUGCCGCAUGGGUUCCAGACUUUGCGUAAGUGGGUUUCCACGGCAAAAUGAAAAACACUGGAAAGAACCUUGUGGCCGAGUGGUAUUGGAUCCUGAAUUUAUGGUGCAGCUUCUGACAGGUGUCUAUUAUGCCAUAUAUAAUGGACAGUGGGAUCUUGGCCAAGAAGUACUGGAUGACAUAAUUUACAGAGCUCAACUAGAACUUUUCUCUCAACCAUUACUGGUUGCUAAUGCCAUGAAGAAUUCAUUACCAUUUGAUGCUCCUGAUUCUUCACAAGAAGGUCAGAAAGUACUUAAAGUAGAGGUCACACCCACAGUGCCAAGAAUUUCUCGGACUGCAAUCACAACUGCUUCAAUCCGUCGUCAUAGAUGGAGGCGAGAAGAUGGCUUUGACUUCUCAAACGAGGCUGACUCGAGUAUUCCUGGCUCCCCGAUCCAACACGGCUCCACAGACGUAGGGAUCAAACGUGUGCGAGAGGGGGAGGUGCUGGUGCGCAGGACCCCUGAGCGUGGCUCGCCGGAGCCCACCUUGGCAGCAACCACAACAGAGGGUGCUGAGGGUAUAAAUGGAGGAGAGGAGUCUGUGAACUUGAAUGAUGCAGAUGAAGGAUUUUCAUCAGGGGCUUCCCUCAGCAGUCAGCCAGUUGGGACCAAACCAUCAUCCUCCUCUCAGAGAGGAAGCUUAAGAAAAAUAGCAAGUGGGCGUUCAGCCAAGGAUAAAGAAACAGCUUCUGCCACCAAGUCCAGCGAGAGCCCUCGAGAGUCAGUAGUUCGUAAGCAGUACACACAUCAACCAAGUGAUCUUAAUGUAGAUUCCAUUGAGUUGACACCAAUGAAGAAACACCUGAGCCUACCCGCUGGGCAGGUGGUGCCAAAAGCUAAUAGUUUAAGUCUGAUCCGGACAGCCAGUGCUUCUUCAAGUAAAUCAUUUGACUAUGUGAAUGGCAGUCAAGCCAGUACAAGCAUUGGGGUUGGCAUUGAGGGAGUUAAUAAUUUAGCAGGUAGCAAUGCCAAUCGAUUUUCAACUAUCAGCCUACAGGAAGACCGGCUAGGUCAAACUGGGGAAGGUAAAGAUCUCCUCAGCCCAGGAACCCCCCUAACUAAGCAGUCUCGCUCCCCAAGCUUCAAUAUGCAGCUAAUAUCACAGGUGUAGUUUUGACACGUUCCACUUUCUUCUCUUACUGCUUAUCUUUUAAAACCAAACAUUUCAUUGUGCAGGAAGAAACUUCAUCCCACCGUCUGAAACUACUGACCAUUGUAAUCAGAUCUGACUCAGUUUAGGUAUCAUCAUACUGUAUUUUGUACUGAAACAGCAAUAAGAUUUUCUUUCUCUUCCUAUUAUUCCUCUCUGUCUCCCUAUCCCUACCCUAAAUGUGUUUGUGAAGCAGUAUAAAAUGUUUGC